AAUAACAAUGGAUAAGUUGACCAUUAUUUCUGGCACUUUGUUUCUCGCUGCAGAUAUGUUUGCAGUUGUUAGUCUCGCAAUGCCAGAUUGGAUUAUAACUGAUGUUGGAGUAAUAAUUAUGACAGGAGAUACAAGAUUAGGUUUGAUGUGGUCGUGCAUGACUUUAUACAAUAGGCCUCAAGUUUGCUACAAGCCAGAUUUAAAACCAGAAUGGUGGACAGCCUUGGUUUGCAUUUUAAUUGGAUGCAUUUUAAUCACAACUACCAUUAUAUUACUGAUCAGUUCACACUGGGAUAGAAAUCUUAUACCUUAUGCUCGUUGGGUGGGAUUCAGUGCAAUGGUAGUUUUUUGUUUGGCUGCAGUUAUAUUUCCAAUGGGAUUCCAUAUUGAUGAGAUCGGUGGCCAACCAUACCAGUUGCCAAAUUCUCAUCAAGUCGGUAUGUCAUACAUCUUGUUUGUUUUAUCACUUUGGAUCACAGUGAUUUCUGAACUAUUUGCUGGAAAGGUCUGCCUGCCACAUUUUUAGCAUCUCUUGACGAAUUUUUUUUUCUUCACUUUAUUUUUCAUCAUACUGUGCAUACCAUACAUUUAUAAAAGAGGCGUACCAUAAUUAAUUAUUUUUUUCAAUCAAUUCUGUGUGUUUUACAUGAAUCAACUAUUUUAAGUUAAAUACAAUUUUUUUGUUAAAAAAAAAAAAAAUCCUAUUGUAAAUAAUAAGAAUAGAAAAAGUUUUGUGUAAAUCCAUUGGAUGGAGAAAGUGUAGGUAUUUAGGAUUGUAUUAAAUUUUGUAAUUAAUGCGUACAUUAUGUAAAUACUUUAUUAUUCUAGAAAUAAGUUUUUGUGACAAGUGUUUCACUGAUAAAAUAUCUAUAAUUUUUAAAUAUUAGGUUAUAAUUAGUUCAGUAUUCAACUAAAAUUGUGAUAAAUAUAAGAGUAAGAUAAAAACAAAUUUGUACUGAAAUUAAGGAUGUCAUUUAACCUGAAUAUUAAAUAGUAUGAUAAAAUUGUGUAAACUUAACCAAUAAUAAAAGAAUGUAAGAAUCAAUGAUCUUAAUGUUACUCAAAAAAGGUGAAGCAUGUGUAUAGAAAGCAAUAUAAUUUUAUUUUUACAUUAACAAUUUUUACAUUUACAGUUACAACUAAGCAGUUGCUUCUCAUCUAGAGAUAAGUUGUUCACAACUCCUACUAUCUUUAUUUCACAUACCAAAUAUGAUCGCAUUCCAUUCACGUAAACAUGUACAUGAUGAGUUGUGUACAUGUAUACAUAUAAAACAAUAAGAAUAUAGUACAUUUAUAACGUUUUCAUCUUUCUACAAUAAUAUAAUUUCGAUCUGUUAACGCUUUAUC